AUGACAUCAUCAGAUAAUCUCCCUCUUAAUGAACUUGAAAAGGAAUUGCUAGAUCCGAAUUCGGAAUGUUAUUUGGAAAAUUUGUUGGAUGUGGUUUCAGCAUUGGUUAGUGAUUGUGAUUUCCCUUCCGCUAAAAACUCAAAAAGCGUACAGUCUUUCCUUAAAAAAUAUAGUCAAGCUGCCAAAAUUAUUGAAUCACGACGCACAAAAUAUACUGAUUUUGAAUUAAUUAAAGUGAUUGGGCAAGGAGGAUUUGGUCGAGUUGAAUUAGCCAGACACAAACGUACACGACGUGUUUAUGCCAUAAAAUUAAUGAGUAAACAACACUUAUUAGAUCAUAGUCAAUCUGGUUAUUGGGAAGAACGUGAUGUUAUGGUGAAAGCAUCAAGUGAAUGGUUGGUUGCUUGUCAUUAUGCGUUUCUAGAUAAAGACAAUGUUUACUUAUGCAUGGAAUAUAUGCCUGGUGGUGAUUUAUAUUAUUGGUUAGAAAAAUAUGAUACAUUUGAUGAAACUAUUGCAAGAUUUUAUCUAGCAGAAACUGUCCUAGCUCUUGAAGCAUUACAUGAAUUAGGUUUUAUUCAUCGUGAUUUAAAACCAGAUAAUAUGUUAUUAGAUGCUGGUGGACAUUUAAAAUUAGCUGAUUUUGGUUCUUGUGUACGUGUUGGUGAAGAUGGUUAUUAUUAUUGUACAUCACCUAUUGGUACACCAGAUUAUAUUAGUCCUGAAAUGUUAAGUUGUCAAGCUAAAGCUGGUAAAAUUGGACCUGCUUGUGAUUGGUGGGCAUUAGGUGUGAUUGCAUAUGAAAUGUUUUUUGGUGAACCUGCUUUUUAUGGACAAUCAUUAGUUGAAACUUAUAGUCGUAUAUUAGGUCAUGAAAAAUCUUUACGUUUACCAACUGAUGCGGAUCCAAUCUCACCGGAAACAGAAUUAUUUAUUAAAGAUUUAUUAAGAUCAUCUACAACUCGUUUAGGUUCAUUUGAUUUAUUAACAGAAAUUGAAAUUAAAUCAGCAAAAAAUAAUCGAGCUGUUGCUGCUGCUCAACAAGUUAAAUCUCAUGUAUUCUUUAAAUCAAUACAAUGGGAACAAUUACGUUCAGAGAAUGCACCAAUUCAACCAAUUGUUAAUUCUGAAACAGAUACAUCUAAUAUUAAUUUUGAUGAAAGAGAUUUAAGUUCCGAUGGUAGUAGUAGUGGUGGUGCAAAAUUACCACAUAGUGGUGGUGCAUUCGCACCGGCUCGACCACAACCACCUGCAUAUUUUACUGGUAGUAAUUUAUCAUUUGCUGGUUUUACUUUCAAUCGUUAUCAUCGUUAUUUGGAAAUGUUCUCACGGGGUUUGAACCAUAAUAAUACGACGACUACCGAUAUAACGACUAAUCAUCAAAUUUUAUUAAAUGAAUCAUUGGAACGUCAAAAAUUAACCGAACAAACAUUAAAUGAAUUAAAACAAUCUUAUCAAAUUUUAGAAUGUCAAACAGCUAAAGAUCAAAUUAAUUUAAAAGAUAUAAAUAGACGUUUAAUUGAAUCACAAAAUGAAUUAGAACAAUUAAAAAUCAAUAAAAUUGAAUCAGAUCAACAAUUAAGUAAUAUAUAUCAACAAUUAAAUAGUUUACAACUUGAACGGGAUCAUUUACAAUCUAAUUUAAAAGAAAUGGAAAUACGUUUACAAACUAUCAAUUUAAAUCUUGAUAAUGAAUAUCAUAAUAAUUCUAUAUUAAAAACUGAUAAAGAACAAUUAGAAUUACGUAUACAUCAAUUAGAACAUGAUUUAAUACAAAAAACAAAUGAAAUAAUUCAAUUAAAAUCUAUCAAUAAUGAUACUACUCACAAAACUACUGAUAUUAGUACUACUAAUACAAAUGAUAGUAGUAUAAUACAACAAAAUGAAAUAAUUUCAAAUUUAAAAAAUGAAAAUCAAAAUUUAUUAAAUGAAAAUCAACAAAUUCAUGAAAAAUGUAAAAAUUUAAUGAAUCUUAUAACAGAAUUACGUUAUAAUUUAAAUGAACAAGUAAAUGAAUUAAAAGAACAAUUAAUUACUACACAAGAAUUAAAUCAUUUCAAUAUAAAUAAAUAUAAUGAGACAAAUGAUUUAUUAGAGAAGAUGAAAGUAUCCGAAGAGAGUCUACGUCAGACAUUGUUGAAUACGGAAGAAGAACUUCAGAAGAUGAUGAAGUCGAAGGAAUCACUUCGAGAACAACUGGUGCAUAAAGAUAUUGAAUUAGCUAUACAUCGUGUACGAUUACGUAAUCUAGAUAAGAAUUUAACAACAUUACGUAAUAAUUCAAGUAAUGAGAUUUUACAAUUAAAUAAUUUAUUAGAAAGAAAUACAAAUGAAAUUAAUGAUUUAUCAAAACAAUUAGAUGAAAUGCGUAAUCAUUGUACUAUUAUAGAACAAACAAAUAAUACACUUACAUUACGUAUAGAACAAUUACAAAAAGAGAAAGAUAUACAACAACGUAAUUUAGAUACAUUAGUUGAGAAAUUUUAUAGUGAAAUGAAAUCACGUACAUCAUUAGGAUCUAUGUCGGGAUCGUCGACAUCGGCAACAUCUUCAUUAUUAUCCUCAUUAUCAUCAUCGAUUAAAUUAAAAAAUAAUCAAAAUCAUAAUGAAUAUAAACAAUUAGAAAAAAAAUAUAAAAAUUUACAAUCAACAAGUACUAAAAAUAUUCAAAAUUUACAUCAUACUAUAGAACAAUAUAAAAAAGAUUUAGCUGAACGUAAUCAAUUAAUAACUAAUUUAACAGAACAAUAUCAAUUAAUAUAUAAAGAAUUAAUACAACAAAAACAAUUAGAAAGAAAUUUACGUAUAAAAUUAAAUUAUUAUAUUGAUAUACAAUCAACAUCAAUAAAACAUACUACUGAUAAUGAUACUACUGAUAGGAAUACUACUAAUACUACUAUUACUACUCAUAAAGAAGAUUCCAACUAUAUAACAUCAAUGAAACAAUCUAACAAUAUGAAUACUACUGAUAAUACUACUAAUAAUAAAGAUGAUUCAAUAUUAUCAUUACUGAAUCCUAAUCAUCAGAUAGAAUCAAUCUCUGGGAUGAAUACUAAUUUAUUGAAUAUUAUCUUAGAAGAUAUAGUGGAUAUAGAUAGUAAAGGACGUGGAAAAAAUAAAUUAAUAUGGUUACCAAAAUAUGUUGUAUUAAAAAAAUUUACAUUAUUAUUUUAUACAUCAAGGAGUGAAUAUGAAACAAAUCCAUUAUUAGCUGAAGAAAUACCAUUAUAUCGAAUUAUGCAUGUACGUGAAGCAACUGAAUUAGAUUUAAUUCAUGCCAAGAAAGAAGAUCUAUGUAGAACUAUACAAUUAUUUUAUCAAAAUCCAACUAAAGUACAACAUCAUAUCUAUGAUUCUAAUAUUGAUGAUGGUGAUAAUAUUGAUUUAGGGGAUACAAGUUUUACAUCCUCCUCAUCAUCAUCGUUAUUACAACAACAACACCAACUACAUCAUCAUCAAUCCAUGUUGAAAUCGUCAAGUAAAUCUAAUCAAGAUAUUACUUCUGUUGGCAAUACUACUACUACUACUACUACUCAUACUACUAAUAGUAUUAGUAGUACUACUACUACCCCUAACAAUACUACUACUAUACAAUGGAUGAAUCAUAAUUUUCAAUUAAUCACAUAUCAUUUAGGUAAUAUAUUAUGUGAUAUAUGUCAUAAAAAUUGUUCAGAUUUAUUAAAUCCACCAAAAGCAUUAGAAUGUUUACAUUGUCAUAUGCGUAUACAUUUUGAACAUGUUAAUAAACAUGAAAAAUGUAUACCAUGUCAUAUGGCAACUAAUGUACGUUAUUUAAGAAUGUCUAAUAUAGCUAUUAAAAAAUUAUGGAUAGAACAAUUUAUGUAUUUACGUCAAUAUUUAAAAGAAUUAAAACAUACUACUGAACAAUCUAUGAUAAAUAUGAAUGGGAGUUUGAAUUGUUUAGAUGGUUAUAAUCAUACUACUUAUAAUACUACUUAUAAUAAUAAUAAUAAUAUUGUAUAUAUGAAUCCUAUCAAAUCAUUAUAUCGUAGUAUGCGUGGUAGUUCAUUAGGUCCCCCUUCUUUACCUAAUACAACUACUAUUACCACCAAUACUACUAAUACUACCACUGCUACUACUAUGGUUACUAAUUUAAAUAAUCAAAAAUCUGAUUCUCAAUAUUCAUUUCGUAAAAAAUUAAUGGGAUCAACAAUGAAUAUUACAAAUAAUAAUAAUAGUAGUACAUCUACUACUACUACUACUAAUACUACUACAAGUAAUAGUAGUUGUUUAUUAACACCAAAAUAUAAUAAAUCACCACGUUCAUUAUCACCAACAAUUGUCUUACGUAAAACAACAAAUGAUCAAUAA